GCCCUCCCGGUGCCAUGGAAACGCGGCCUAUUGUCCCCAGCGCAGCGGGCCGCCUGGCGCACCUCGGAGCUCCGCGUGGCCCAUGUCCGGCCGCUGUCCAUGGCCUCAGCCAGACCCUACUGCCUCCCGCAAGUCCCCGCCUCGAGCCCCGCCCUUUCCUUCCCCUCUUCCUCGGCGGCGGUGGCGGUCCUAACCCGGGCGCAGGCGCGGGCCGAGGCGCAACUGCGCUCCGCGGUAGCCUGCGAGCGCGCCAUGCGCUGGAGCGAGGUUGUUGAACAUUAUACAGCACUCUUGAAAACUUUGAGCAAAGAGGAACUUCCUAAAGACUUUCAGCCUGGUCCUUACUAUUCACAACUGCUGUUUGAAACCUAUUAUCAUUUAGCUGUAGCUUUCCAAAGACAGAAUCACCAUAAGGAAGCAGUGCAAGAGCUUAAUAAAGCAAUAGACGUUGCAUCUAUCCCUAAGAUUGCCUGUCAAGUUGGCUGUGUUUCCAGAACUUUCCUUCAUACACCACUAUUUGCGAGAAGAGCGUAUGCAUAUGUAAAAUGUGGUCUUUUGAAAGAAGCAAUAGAUGAUGCUAACAAGGCCGUCGAGUUAGACCCUUUGAACCCGGAUGUAUAUUGUGUUCGAGCUCUUGUUUGGAACACAGUGAAAGAAAAGAAGAGAGCGCUUUUUGAUUUAAACUGUAGCCAGAAGCUAAAGCCGUCUCAUAUUUCCACUUUGAUCAUAAAGGGAAUUAUUAAAAAUUCUCUUAUGGCAACAGAGGGUACACAGUCUUUAUUGAAGAAUAAAGAUCAUGAAAAGGCUUAUAAACUGGACAAAACUAGUAAAAAUUUCUUUGAUGUAGAAGAUUUCCAUAGUCCUAAAAUGGAUGAUUUCUAUGAUAGAUACUUGUGGUCCCUCAAUGUUCCUCACACAAUAAUGCAAGUCAACUUGAUGGGUGGAAGUUCAUUCACUUCACAUUUACCAUCUGAUUCAUUUCACAGAGAGAAGAGAAUGGACUUACUUCCGGAGCAGAAAGCUGGGUCCUUUAUCUGUAGCACUCCAACCAGUUAUCUUGACAACAGUGCCUUUGCAAGGAGGACAUCGUAUGGAAAGGCAUUGAAGGAUUCUGGUUUAAAAUUGAAGGCCAACGAGAUUUCAGAGAGGAUUCUAAGAAUUACACGGGCAGCUUCAGAAUGGUCAGAAAGGACGACAUCCAGAAGCCCUGUAAAGAUAGAUUCAAAGACAACAGUAGCAUCAACACCUGGCACCCGUGCAUGUAAGAAGAAGCCAGAGCAAAAGAAAUCCGAAGCCAGCAAGACCAAAUCCAAUAAGGAUAAACACAGCUGAGAACGUGAGCUGGAUUCUAGUCCUUCUUGUGAAUCAAGAGAGAUUUACUCAGUUCCAAUUACAGAAGAGUUUACUCAGUUCCAAUUACGGGUCCAUGCAAAUCCGGUAAAGACAAUGGCACUGUAGCCAAGGACAUUAUUGGGCUUGAAAAAUCUAUACCGUUGGUGAUACAGGACAAGAAAAGAACCCAGCUUGCCUUUCAGAACCCAGGUUAAGUCCACAGGGCUGCGGGUUAGAAAUCCCCCCAUCAUUUUACUUGUAAUGUGAGCAGAUUUUAUCUGGAAGUCACCAAGAAUCAAUAAAUAUGAAAUAACACAAUGCAAUUUUUCAGACUUGCUUUUCAGAAUGGAACCUUUCAUUUCCAGGAUAUAACAUUGUUGUGAGCUGGGUUAAACCUUGUUAUGGGUUGAGUUAAAACCUCCUUCUUCGAGUAAUGGCCCUAUGGGUGAUCCACUUGAAGUGUGGAUGCCCCCAUGUGCUUUCGAUUGGAGAUUUUCAGCAGCCAUGCACAUUUGGUCUCUGCAUACACCCUAGGUACUCUUGUACCCCACACCAAUGGUAUAAAGGGCCGUGACAGACAGACCACCCACAGUUCCUUGUCAACCGCCUCUGCCUGAGACAGUUGAGCUUGCACAGCUACUUACCUUGCUUGUUCCUUGUAGUCUAGUUUAGUUUUCUUUCUCUACUAGUUUCACUUUUAUAGUUUAAUGUGGGGGUUUGUGUGUGGGGGGUUUGAUAAACUGAAGCUUUUAGCCCUCCCUCCACUGAGAAAAGAACGCUCCUUCUCUGAAGGGGCUUUUUUUCUCCUCGGGGCAUGCCUAAAGCCCCAGGCAGGGCUGGCCUUAGGGAAAAUGGCACCGUGGGUGAACUUGUAUUUUGGUUCCCCCCCAUCACCCCUGGUCCCCAUAGGCUCUUUGGGCUCCUAAUGCCCCCCCAUCAUCUCUAGGCCCUGCUGCCUCCCCCCAGUGAUUAAUUUGUAU